UCUAACUGGGGGCCAUCAGCAAGAGGACAAUGUGACUUGAGGAAGAGACCAAGAGCUUUCACGUGUCGUUAUCCGGGGAUGUUUCAACGGAGCGUUUCCGCUGCCCUCUGUUCGGUUUUACAUCAGAGACGAGCCAGAAUGAGUGCAGCUAGAGCAGCAAACGAGUUGAAGCCUUUGAGUCCCAAGGUCGGCGAUGACGGGUAGGAAAGGGGCCCGUGAUGAAGCCCCGCAGCAGAACAGCCGGAGCGGGGCUCGGAGGCUCGGAGAGACGGAGAGACGGAGAGCCAGCGGCCGCUUGGAGCGCGUCAAGAGCUGAGCCAAUCAGAUCGAGGCGACGGCGCAGCGAGAUUAGCGUGCAGCCUGUAUAAGAGGCGUCCACGCGCCUGCGCACAUCAUUCGCUGUCGCUGUUUCCCAGGAAGCCGUGAGGAUGCCCGAACCCGCAAAGUCUGCGCCCAAGAAGGGCUCCAAGAAGGCCGUGACCAAGACGGCCGGCAAGGGAGGCAAGAAGAAGAGAAAGACCAGGAAGGAGAGCUACGCCAUCUAUGUGUACAAGGUGCUGAAGCAGGUCCACCCCGAUACCGGCAUCUCGUCCAAGGCCAUGAGCAUCAUGAACUCGUUCGUCAACGACAUCUUCGAGCGCAUCGCCUCCGAGGCGUCCCGCCUGGCUCACUACAACAAGCGCUCCACCAUCACCUCCAGGGAGAUCCAGACGGCCGUGCGCCUCCUGCUGCCCGGAGAGCUGGCCAAGCACGCCGUGUCCGAGGGCACCAAGGCGGUCACCAAGUACACCAGCUCCAAGUGAAGCUGCCGCUUCCCAACAACAACAACAAAGGCCCUUUUAAGGGCCACACAAAUGGACCUGGGAGAAAAGCCUGUCCGAUCAGAACCAUCACUUGUGUUGACUUCAUUUCGGUUCAAAUGUGUAAAAUGAAAGGUUUAAUAAUCCAUUAGUUACCGUUGGCCCUGCUUCAUGUGGACAGCGGGUUUUCAACAGACCGACUUCACACGUCAGGUUUUAAGCUGGACAGUUUCCGACUCUGCUGGCCUUAAGCUUUGUCAACGUUCAUUUAUUCAUGUAAUUUCUCAGAUAUUGGAGCUUUUUAAAUCCACCCUGAUCGAAAGAUCUCCACAUUUUGAUCCACCUUUGCACAUGUUGACCUCCUUUGUGGAUUAAGGCCCAAGCAGAUUUAGACAGGG